AACGUGUGAGCAUUGAGCAUACCUUCCGAACCAGCCCGGCGAAGAACAUGAAUGCGCGGCUUAAUCGAGGUGCCUCACACACACGCGAUCGAUCAAACUCUGAAUCUCUCGCCGCCGUCGCUGCCGUCGACUUGCGUCGUCGUCGUCGUCGUUGGUCGGGUCGACCCUCCUGCUGUGGGGUGGUGUCCACACGACCGGCUGGCUGGCUGGCUGGCAGCAAAUAAGGGGUUUUCCGAUUCCAACCCACCGAGCCGAGUCGAGCAGCGCGUCAGUCAUCGGAGCGCGCGGCAGUUCUUCUCUCUAGCUCUUUCGUUCGCGUUUACCAUCAACAACCGGUGCGGUGGUUGACGACGGAAUCGACGCUGCUUUAUUGCACAUGGACCGAUCGACCGUAGGUACACGUUGCAACCCAUUGCCGUCGUCGCCGUCGCCUUCGAUUCAGCGCCCGCGCGCUCGCUCUGAAGCGCUGAAGCUGUGAAACGCGAGAUGUGGAUUGAAAUUAUGCUUUUUGUUUUGCUCCCGAUGUAGUUCCGUGGAACGAGUUUCGGCAAACGGACGACGACGACGACGAUUACGACGCGCCGUCGCGGAUUAUUGCGGCGAAAAACAGUGCGACAGUUGAUCGCGAUCGCGAGAUUUUGGCGGUACACGGGCAGAGAUCCUGUGUGGUGUUCGCCGUGCGGAAGGAUCCUCGUGGGUCCUUGAUAAGGAAUGGGUGCGUGUGUCGCGGGAGAAGCUGUUGGGAUCGUCGGUGAAUUCGUGCGAGGCUGGAAAUAGAUCGAUCGGACGACAGUGGUGAUGCUCACGAAAGGAGCUCUAAUGAAUGCGCGCGUGAUAAUUAAACUUAAUGGCAGUGCUGAUGGAUAGCAAUUGUGGUUGUUUGUGAUAAUAAAAUUAAUUCAAUCGAAGAAAAACCUAUCAUCAUCGUUGGCGUCAGCACAAUUAAUAUUGAUCGGUGGGCAUAGUUGGACGGAACGAGAUCAUCCUAACAACAUUGGAAUAGGAACGUACAUCGGUAAAGUGUAAACGGCGCAGCUGUUAACAUUUGUGAAAUCUUUCGGAACCCCGUUGAAAAGUCAGCAGAUCGUGGAGGCGUGAAAAAAAAAACAAGUGAACCCAAGAAGUAGAAGAAGUGUUACAUCGAUGAAAGAAUGCCACAACCACCAUCCAUCGCAUCGAGAGUGACAGUCGCGGUGCUAAUAUGAAUGCGCGCGCGAAGCACAAAUGGUUGUAAAUUAAAUAAUUAUUUCAUUAGCGCGGCUCAGCCCCCGACGACUGUCUGACUGGUGCUAGUGGUGGGGUGUUUGUGAAGAUACCGACCGAUGGCGAUGCCCGCGAUGGUGAACCGUAAUUGCAAGGAAGAGCAUUGAAUAAAUUUUCGGAGCGGAACCGAAGACUUGAAAAAGCGCUGAACGCGAGUGCAACCCCCUUCGCAGGAAAAUCGGUGGUUUAUUAACACGCAAUAAAAUUGGAAGGUGUGAACAAUGUGCCCGGUUUGAUGAAGUAGAUUACUCUGGUGGUGAAUAUUAAGUGAUUUCGAAGUGCAUUACAUUGUUGCGGGUGGAAAAGUGUGUGAUUCGUCUGUGAUUUUUAGCCGUACAAAGAUGGAUAUGUCCGGGACCAUGUCUGGGGCGAACUCGCUCAACAUGCGGCCGUUGUUCAGUGGAUAUCCUUUCCAAGGUCAAGGCCGCGUCAACCAGCUCGGCGGCGUGUUCAUCAACGGGCGCCCGCUGCCGAACCACAUCCGUCUGAAAAUCGUCGAGAUGGCCGCCGCCGGCAUUCGGCCGUGCGUCAUCUCCCGCCAGCUGCGCGUUUCCCAUGGGUGCGUCUCGAAGAUACUGAACCGCUACCAGGAGACCGGUUCGAUUCGUCCCGGUGUGAUCGGGGGCUCCAAGCCGAAGGUGGCCACACCGGAAGUGGAAUCCCGCAUCGAGGAGAUGAAAAAGAUGAAUCCGACGAUCUUCAGCUGGGAGAUACGCGACAAGCUGAUUAAGACCGAUCCGAGCGCGGGCUAUAGCAGCGCGGACGGCGGCCUCCACAGACAGCCAGGCGCAGAUUACCGAUGUCGUGAGGAAGGCGUUACGGACCCACCGAGUGUAUCGUCCAUCAGCCGGCUGCUGCGGGGAGGACCACCGGACGGACGAAAGGACGACGACGGGCGGAAGGAUUACAGCAUCCAUGGGAUUUUGGGCGGUCGUGGAUCCGACACGAGUGACACCGAAUCCGAACCGGGGAUCCUACUGAAGCGUAAACAGCGCAGAUCCCGGACGACCUUCACCGGCGAACAACUGGAAGCGCUGGAGAAAGCUUUUCAGCGAACGCAGUAUCCGGAUGUUUACACGAGGGAAGAGCUGGCAUCGUCCACCAACUUGACGGAAGCUCGCAUCCAGGUGUGGUUCAGCAAUCGCCGCGCUCGACUGAGGAAACAUGCUGGGUCGCAGAUGUCCACACCGUUGGGUUCGUUGGGAUCGCUUCCAAUGGCGCAGUACCAUCCGGGAGUGGCGUCGCAGGAGUCGUAUCAGAUGGCGGCCGCAGCCAAUUAUGACUUUGUUAGCCAGAAUCCGGCUUCGUUUUCGUCUGGGUUCCAGCAUGGACACUUUGGUGGACAGAACUUCGGUCCUAACGCCAUGGGCUUCCAUCAGAACAGUCAAGACUUCAUCCCACCGGAGUACACCAAGAUGAUGAACGAGGAGUACAUCAAACCGGCGCACGAAAACUCGUCCUCGUCGGUCAAGCUGAGUCCAACGGCAACCCACGGAGCGUCGGCCGCCCUAGGCGAUAGCUACGCCACCAAACUGAGUUCGGUAGCGGCCGCAGCGGCAUCCAGUAUCGCACCGCAGGAAUCGUCCUGGAGUCAAAGCUAUCCGCCGCACCCGGGACAGAGCUACGGUGCCAAUUUGGGGCCUGGUUGUCCGUCUUCGGCCACUGCCGCUCCCAUGGAGUACCACCAGAUGCAGCAAGCGUACAGCAACAAGUAUUGGUCAUGAUGAGUUCGGAGAAGGAUGAUUUGAUAUUUCAAAUGUAGAUCUUUAAAAGGUUUAUUUUUCUUUCAGUAGUUGAAUUAGUCUAGUGUAUCGCUGUAAGAUAUGGUUUCCUAUUUUUGCAAUAGUUUUUUUUCAUGUCCUAAAUAGCAUUAAGAUGAUCCCAAAUCUAAGCUAAGCCCUCAUUGAAAUUUUUAAAACCAAUUAGUUUAAGUAGCUGUUGUAGGUUAGAUAUUCAUCAAAUAUUUAUUUUCUGAUAAUUUCAUGACACAAACUUAGAACGGUAUAGAACUCUCACUUAGCCUUCCACCAAACAAAGCGUAGUGAAUAAACAAAACCAUUGAUCCACGAACGUGAAUAAAUGCCUUAAAUUAUA